CAAUAUUUAUGAAUACCUAUUCUUUAAAUUGUGAGUACAAAUAGUACCUAUACUACAAUACAUUUUUAAAAAUAAUUUAAAAAUUGUUGAAAACCUUUUGUUGGCUACACUGACCAUUACAUGAUAACCUUUUAAAAAACAGUCUUAUCACAGAAUUUUAUUGCCAUUUGCGAGUAACAACAAUCAUAUUUGAUAGUGUUUGAAACAAAAUGUUGCUGAUGUAAACAAAAAUAAUAAAAUAGAUCAGUGAAAUACUGAAAUAUGAGCAUUGAGGAAAGGUUAUAAAUAACUGUAAAAUAUUGUACUAAUAUGACAAAAACUGAGAAGAAAAAACAAGAAUUCAAUAUGGAGAUAAACCAAAAUCGGAUUAAUUACUUAUAUCAAUUAAGUACAGCUCUGGCUGAACAAUGUCCUGGCUUGUCAUCAACAUACAACUCUAUAAUGAAAGGUUUAUCUCAAAAAAGUUUACUAAAAAUCGAUCCAGAAAUUAAAAGAAAUAUUUGUAAAGGUUGUGAUACUAUGCUAAUACCAGGAAAAACUGUAACAUGUCGUACAAUAAAAAAGUCUAAAGGCGCAAUUAAAUGGUCAUGUAAUUUUUGUGGAAAGUCAAAAACUUUUAGAAAAAAUAACAAUAAUUGUAUGUGGUCAGAAAAUUCUGAUUUUUUGUUACAAACUAUUAUUUACGAUGAAUAAAUAAAAUGUUUUACCUGUUAA